ACCCGGACUUUCCGGUUUACUACGAGAUAGGAAAUUGGCAUAUACGCUUUUGCCCUAUCAAGUUUUUGGCGCCGUUGCCGGGGACUGCCAUACCUUAUUUUUAUUGAUUUUUGUGAGUGAACUAUUUUGAUCUGGGUGUUAGUGUGCAGAAGAAUUUUCAGGUUUAUCCUCCUCGUGCAUGCCUAGGAGGACGACCGGCGAUUUACUGCCACUAGAUCUGGAGAUCGAGAAGACCUGCCGACAGAACAGGAAGCAGGUCAAGUUAGGGAAGCAGCCAACCACAACCACUAGGCCUUCCCUAACCCAGAGAGGGCAGGCUUCAUCACCUGUCGUCCCUACACCACCACCACCACCUCGUGCCAUUGAGCUUGUCAUCAUGGCAGACGAGGAUCGUUCGAUCAGGGCUCGUCUGAAUCGAAGGACUGGAGCCCGAGCUUCAUGUGUUGUCAUUCCGGCUGGGGAUGCAAACAUGGAGAUUACCCCAGCCUUCAUCAAUAUGAUCACUAAUGGGUACACCUUCUCCGGGGCUAGCAGUGAGGAUCCUCAUGAGCAUCUUCGCCGGUUCGCGAGCAUUUGUGAUACUAUGAAGAGCCCGAACGUGUCUGAUGAUGCAAUCCGUCUUCGGAUGUUCUCAUUUUCUCUGCUAGGGAAUGCAUCACACUGGUUCCAAAACUUAACACCCCGUUCCAUCACGACAUGGGGUCAGCUUGAGAAGGUAUUUCUGGAUAAAUACUUCCCACCUGCCUUGGCAAUGAAGAGGCAAGAAGAGAUUGUUACUUUUAAGCAGACUGAUGAUGAGAGUCUGACUGAGGCAUGGGAGCGCUACAAGGGGCUGUUGAUGAGAUGCCCAAGCCAUGGUCUUGAAGAUUGGAACGUGAUCAUUAUUUUCUUCAAUGGAAUAAGAAGGGAGUUUCGAGAUGCCCUGAAUAAUGCUUCUCGAAAUGGUUUCACAAGCAUGGAGGCACCAGCAGCAUAUGAUCUGGUAGAGAAGAUCUGUUCAGAAGCCACUGAAUGGGGUAGUGAGACCAGUAUUCGAAGGAGAGGAGGCUUGCAUGAGAUAAACAGAGUUGCGAGUCUAGAAGCCAAGAUAGAUGCUAAACUGGAUUCCAAGUUUGAUGCACUCGAACGAAGGUUGGCCAAGAUUGCUCUGGGUAGACAAGAGGAGGUUGUUUCAUGUGAACUUUGCGAGGGUCCUCAUCACAGGGAUAUGUGUCCACUGAGAGCUGCUCAGCUGGAAGAUGUCCAAUACAUCAAUAAUCCGCGAAGUCAAGGCCAGGGUGGUAUGUAUUCAAAUACAUAUAACCCUCAAUGGAGACAUCACCCCAACAUGUCAUGGUCAAAUAAUAAUCCAGCUGGUGUUCGAAACAUCCCACCUCCCGGUUUUCAACAGCAGCAGCCUCAACCAGAGAAGAAGCCCCAGCUGGAGGAGUUGAUUUUGGCUCAUAUGCAGAAAACAGACAAUAAUUUCAAGGGCCUGGAUCAAUUUGUCACUCAACAGCUAGCCAUCAACAAUAAUUUACAAUCUUCUAUGCUAGCUAUGGAAAGGCAAAUAGGCCAGAUGGCUCAAACUUUGGCAGAUAUGCAAGGCAGGAUUCCUGGGACAUUACCAGCAAAUACUGAGAGGAAUCCGAAGGAUGCCAUGGUUGUAGCAGUGACAUUGAGGAGUGGAAAGGCCUUGGAAGACCCUAGCAGCUCAAAAAAUGCACCAGAGGCAGAAGAGGAAGCACCGGGAGAAAGAUCUUGUGCAGAAAAUGAAGAAUCAGCCUUGCACAGGCAAAAUGAAAGCGGUUUGCCUGUGCAAAAGCAUGCUGCCCGUGUACCUCAAAAAGUGGAAAAAUUGAAGAAUGAAGAGGUAAAGCCUUAUGAACCUCCCGCACCAUUCCCUCAAAGGUUAAUGAAGCCCAUGGAAGACCCAAACUUCAAGAAAUUUGUAAAUAUCUUCAAGCAACUUCAGAUUAACAUACCCUUGGCGGAGGCACUUGAACAGAUGCCUACAUAUGCUAAAUUCUUAAGGGAGUUGUUGACAAAGAAGCGGAAAUGGGCUGAUCUAGAGAAGGUAACCCUUACUUCUGAAUGUAGUGCUGUGAUUCAGAAUAAAUUACCAGAAAAGAGGGAUGAUCCGGGCAGCUUCACCAUUCCAUGUGUCAUUGGAGGUACAGAAUUCAAUAAAUCACUUUGUGAUCUUGGAGCAGGAAUUAAUUUGAUGCCAUACUCAGUCUACAAGAAAUUGGGAUUGGGAGAUGUUCUAAAGCCUACUCGGAUCACUCUCCAAUUGGCUGAUCGAUCAGUGAAAAUUCCAAAAGGAGUGGUGGAGAAUGUAUUGGUGAAGGUGGGAAAGUUUAUUCUCCCAACAGAUUUUGUAAUCCUGGAGAUGGAAGAUGAUCGGGGAGUGGCUCUAAUCCUCGGCAGACCUUUUCUAGCAACCGGUGAUGCACUCAUCGAUGUUGGGAGAGGCAAGUUGACAUUCCGAGUAGGUAAGGAGGAGGAAAUUUUUAAUGUCUUUCAAGUUGACCAUAAUCAUGAUGAAUUUGAAAGUGAAGCUCGAGAAAGGAAAAAUCCCUCUUCCUGUGAUAGUGGACCAUCCGAAGAACUAUCACCUAUCCUAUCUGCUCAGAUUCUGAAAUCAAAGCAAGGGCAGAAAUCCUUGCCAGGUCACCUCAAGUAUAGAUAUUUGGGUAAGGAUUUCAAUAUUCCUGUUAUUAUUCCUUCUUCACUGACAUUGAAACAGGAAGAGUACCUGCUUGAGGCGCUGCAAUACCACCUACGCCUCACUAAAGGGUCUAACAUGCCAGCUAAGAAGGUCAUACCCAAUUUUCGCACACCUGGCCCUGCAGAGGUGACUCAUAUGCUGGAUGGAGGUUAUGCGUUCUAUCAUUGCUCGGGAGGGUACGCUGGAUACCUUUCCAUACCCAUUGGUUGAAAGCUCCAUAAACGUCAGGCUGAGGACGUUAAACAAGCGCUUCUUGGGAGGCAACCCAAGGUAAGUUUUCUUUUCUUUAUUUUUAUUUUUAGUUGUGUCAAACCCGUGCAUGUUUAGAUUAGGAGUUGAACAUUAGGGACAAUGUUCCAUCCUGAGUGUGGGGUGGCGAGUCUUAGUGUUUGUUUGUUCCUUUUGUCAUGUGGUCAGUAAAAAAAAAAUUUCAAAAAAAAAAAAAAAUUUGUUUGUUCCUUUUGUCAUGUGGUCGGUAAAAAAAAAAAAAAAAAAAUUUGCCAUUAGGUUGAGCACAGCCAAACUGCAUGCAGUUUGCCUGUGUAAAAAGCAGUCUGCCUGUGUAAAAAGCAUGCUGCCUGUGCAAAGCUAAUGGCUAAAAAACACCUAAAAAUCAGAAAAAUCAAAAACAAAACCUUGUACUCUUGUGGUAACAUGAUGUAAAUGACCGUGAUGCCUUGAAAAUGAGUUUGUGCUUGAAGGAAAUCAUCAAAAUCACCCCACUAGUGUUGAAUUGCAUGGUUCUUCACAAUGAGCUUAAAUGUUUUGACUGACUUGAUAUGCUUGGAAUGAGCAACUCUUUUAGCAACAUUCUCUUUUGGGAGGAUAGUGUAAUGACUUUUGGUGAAGUAGUUAGGUGGAGAACAUUGACCAUUCGAUAUGUUUGGAUACCGUGCUUACUUGCAUCAAUUGUGAGCUUUUGAUUUUGCAAUGAGUCUCUCUGUUUUGAAUGUUUUAUGAUGGGGUGAACUGUAUCUUUAUAAAAUGAGAAAACACUACCUGACAAGUAAAAUAUAAGAAAGUUGCCAUAACAAUUAAAAUGUGGGUAAAAAUGCCAAAAUCGUGUGAGGCAAUCACUCAUUGCACAUGGGGAUGAGGAAAGAUUCAAUUGAGAAUCGGUUCGCGACCGUACGAUGUUGCUUAUCAAGUACGAUCCCCAGUAGAGUGAAGUGCCAUUAGAGUGUGAAAUGACCCUCCACACGGACCGAGGAUAAGGAGUUAAAAGAAGCCCUUAUGCGAGUGCUAAGAAGCAGAAAUUGCUCUUGCUCGGUCAAAGGUAGUAAGAAACAAAUCCCACUUGUACUAAAUACGACUUCUCGGCAAGCAAAAGCAGAAAGAGAGAAAGUCUCUCCUUGUCAUAAAAGGUAGUGAUGUGCUUAAAAUUAAAAUCAUGUUUGCGAAAGGCGUCCCCCGUUAGUUUUUGAGACUCAUGCUUAAUUAAUUGUUUAUGAUUGGUGUGAGUAAGCCAGACUGUCCUCACGAGAUAUGCACCUCACUGAUGUGGUUAGAUUCUCCUAAUAACUGUUGCACCAUAAGUUGUUAAUCACCCGCUACUGACGACCUGAAUUGAGUGUUGCUAUUUGAGUUUUUGAUGGAUUUGAGUUAGUCAAUGGUAAUGGUUGCAAAGAACUUGAGUGUGGGGUGAUAGGCAUGACCAUCAAAGCAAAACUUGUCCGUUGAGAAAGAAACUACUGAUUACAACAAGAGUACAAGGAAAUUUUGUGUUUUGUUUUGAGUGUUUGAGUGUUGAGUCUGUGGUGUGUCAUUGUUUUGGAUGGUUUUGUGUUUGUGUUGUUUGAGUCGUUGCUUAGGGACAAGCAACAAUUGAGUGUGGGGUUGUGAUAAUCGGCUUUAACAUAUUGAAUUCUUGGACUUUAUGUGAUUAUCCAUGAUAUGUUUAAGCCGAUUGGUGUUAUUUUAGGGCUCGCUAACCCGAAAAUGGUUGAAAAACCACUACUGCCUAGUGCCAUGAGUUUGAUGUAUUACAGGUGAAGAAAGCACAAAAAAAUGAGAAAUUGUACGGGCAAACAAUCGGGCUUGAAUCAUUGGUGGAAUAACAAUUGGACCUAUGA